GUAAAUGAAAUUGCAUUUAUAAACACCUUAGAAGCUCAGAACAAACGCCAUGAUGUGCUGAAUAAACUAAAAGAGUAUGAACAGCGCUUAAACGAAUUGCAAGAAAAAAAAAGACAGGAGGAAAAACAAGCACGUGAUGAAGCAGUUCAGGAGCGGAAAAGAGCCCUAGAGGCGGAACGACAAGCCCGAGUUGAGGAGCUGCUGAUGAAGAGGAAAGAACAAGAAGCGCGGAUUGAGCAGCAGAGGCAGGAGAAGGAAAAAGCACGGGAAGAUGCUGCACGGGAGAGGGCCAGAGAUCGAGAAGAGAGGUUGGCAGCUCUUACUGCAGCUCAGCAAGAAGCCAUGGAAGAACUACAGAAGAAGAUACAACUGAAGCAUGAUGAAAGUAUUAGAAGGCACAUGGAACAAAUUGAACAAAGAAAAGAGAAAGCAGCUGAAUUAAGUAGUGGACGACAUGCUAAUACUGAUUAUGCACCAAAACUUACACCAUACGAACGCAAGAAACAGUGCUCGUUGUGCAACGUAACGAUUUCAUCAGAAGUGUACCUUUUUAGCCACAUUAAGGGGAAAAAACACCAACAAGCUGUGAGAGAAAACAGUAGUAUACAAGGACGAGAGCUUUCAGAUGAAGAAGUGGAGCACCUGUCAUUAAAAAAGUACAUUGUGGAUAUUGUGAUUGAGAGUUCUGUUCCUGUGGAGCCAUUAAAAGAUGGAGAGGAGAAACAAAAAACCAAGAAAAAAGCCAAAAAGCUAAAGGCACGGAUGAACUCCAGGGCAAAGGAAUACGAGAGCUUGAUGGAAGCAAAAAAUACUGUCUCUGAUUCCCCAUUUAAAGCCAAGUUACAGCGAUUAGCAAAAGACCUUUUGAAGCACCUCCAAAUGCAGGAUAGCUGUUUGGGGAACAACAAGGUUUCUUCCCUGGACAGGACUUUAGGAGAGAUCUCUCGUAUUCUGGAAAAAGAGAACACCGCAGACCAAAUAGCAUUUCGGGCUGCAGGAGGACUGACUGCUCUUGAAAAUGUUCUUCAAGUGUUGACUUCUCCCACCAAUCUGAAUGCAGUUUCACGGGUUCCUUUUAAGUCUCUGUGCAAUACAAUAAAUGCUUACAGCCUCACCUGCAGUAAUUGCACAGAAAACUGCACCUAUGUUCUUUUUAGUAAUAAGAUCACUUUUCUGAUGGACCUGUUGAUACACCAAUUUACGGUUAGUGUUCCAGAUGACCAUAAUGCUACUUCAGGCAGAAGUGCAAAUAAGCAGGUAUUUGAAGAUUUAACAACAGGACUUCUGAGGAUAACUGCCGUGAUUUUCAGAUGUUUAAUCUCCAGCUUCCCAGAUGGAAACAACCACUCUACUGCACUGAAGAUAUUACAGGAAGUGAAAAGUAAAUCCUCACAAGUGGAAGCCUUCAACAGCAGAGUUCAAGACCUGAUCAGUUACGUGGUGAACAUUGGAUUGAUAGACAAGCUGUGUUGCUGUUUCCUCUCUGUUCAAGGCCCUGUCGAUGAGAAUCCCAAAAUAGCAACUUUUCUACAAAAUGCCACAGCAGUGUUGCAUGGAAUAUGUCGGCUGUGUUUUGCUGUCAACGGAAGAUCUUGGAACAUAUUUGACAAUACACGUCAGGACCCCACAGGACUAACAGCAGUUCUUCAGUCUACGGAUCUGGUUGGAGUCUUGCAUAUGCUGUACUGUGUUCUUUUCCACGGGACGAUUUCAGAUCCAAACACAGCAAGUCCUAAAGACAGCUAUGCAGCGAACACAAUCCAGGUUGCCAUUCAGAGUUUACGUUUCUUCAAUAGUUUUGCUGUUCUUGAUCUGCCUGCCUUUCAGUCUAUUGUGGGUGCUGAAGGACUGUCCCUUGCAUUCCGGCAUAUUAUCAGCUCUCUGCUGUGGUACUGUUCCCAGCAUACCUGUGAAGGAUUGCUGCACGAAGUCAUUAUUUGUGUGGGCUAUUUCACUGUAAACAACACAGAUAAUCAGGUCAUUGUACAAUCUGGCCGUCACCCCACGGUGCUGCAAAAACUAUGCCAGUUGCCUUUCCAGUAUUUCAGUGAUCCUCGUUUAAUCAAAGUGCUCUUCCCUUCGCUAAUAGCUGCUUGUUACAAUAACCCUCAGAACAAGAUCAUCCUGGAGCAGGAGAUGAGUUGCGUUUUGCUGGCCACGUUCAUUCAGGAUUUUGCACAGAGUUCAGGCCAAAUGGAUAAUCAGUUAUCUCAGCAGAGGGAAAAAUUUUUCAGUUCUCCAGAUUAUCUUGAGCUGUCCAACAGAUUCCCCCGCCAGUCCUGGGAAGAAGCUCGCCAGUUCUUCUUGAAAAAAUAA